CCCACCACUAACAUAAAGCAUCAGCAAGUAGCUUUACUCCUACUAUUUAAAACGUAUCUGAUUCUUCAUUUUUCCUUCCCCUUCUCCUCUCUCUCUAUCUCACUCCUCAAACAAACAAUGAGCUUCUUCAUGGAAGAUUCUGGUCUCUUCAUCACUCAGCUCCUCUACAAAAUGGCUCUUCUAAUCACCGUCCUGAGAUGGAUCUUCUCCUGGAUCUUACGCUACCGAUCCAGAUCUGCAUCCUCCACUCCUCCGAUCUCCUCCCAAACCAUCAAGGAGAGCCUCUCCGUGACGACGUUCCGCGACGCGGCGGAGCGGUAUCCUGAAUCGAUCAGCGACACUUGCGCGGUGUGCCUCGGGGAUCUGGAAGACGGGGACGAGGUCAGAGAGCUCAGAAACUGUAGCCACGUGUUUCACCGCGAGUGCAUCGACAGGUGGCUUGACUACGAGUGUGAUGAUAAUGAUGGCGAGGAAGAUAAUCACCGCACGUGUCCUCUGUGUAGAACUCCGCUUCUUGCUGCUAAUACGUCGUCGUGUUGCGGAGAUUGGCCGACGAAGAAUGAGCCUAGCUGGGCCGUUGAACGGCUUCUCUACCUCUUCGGAGACGAUCUUCUCAACUGAUUUUUUCUUCUUUUUUUUAAUUUUCUUUUCAAUUCUAUUUGAUUUUAGUAGGGGUGAUCAUGGUCAUUAGAAAUUGUUUUGGUAAAUUUUGUAUUUUUAAAAAAUUGUAGGAUAGAAUACGAAAUAUGAUAAUAAUAUCAAUUUAUCAG